UUUCAUAAGAUUGGCCCCCAAGCCGCUUCUGGAUCCGCGAAGCGAAAGCUCGAAAAUAGUCGCGGUUGCUCAACCGCGUUGCUUCGAGUUGACAGCAAACCACCUAGCCAUGCGAAUCUACCUCCACCGCUUCCCUGUUUACAGCUAUGAGAUUCAUCAAGCCCGACUUCCUUAAGCAUAGUGGAGAGCAGAAAGACUUCGAGGUCUACAGCUGUCAUGUAUCGCCGGAUGGGAGCAGGCUAGCUACAGCUGCCGGAGAUGGCCAUGUUCGGAUCUGGUCAAUCGACGCCAUCCUCCAGGCAGGAGACGAGAAUUACUCGAAGCCCAAGCAGCUGUGUCAUAUGAGCUACCACUCUGGCACGAUACAUACGGUCAGGUUCGCGCCGAAUGGACGAUGGCUGGCUUCCGGGGCCGAUGACAAGAUUAUCUGCAUUUACCACCUCGACACAAAUCCCCCAUCACAUUCGGCCUCAUUUGGAACAAAUGAACCACCUCCGGCAGAGAAUUGGAAAAUCUUGAGGCGUUUGAUCGGACACGAAAAUGAUGUACAGGAUCUGGGCUGGUCUUACGAUUCUUCGAUAAUGGUAUCUGUGGGCUUGGACUCGAAAAUUGUUGUUUGGUCAGGGCAUACUUUCGAAAAACUGAAGACACUCUCGGUGCAUCAGAGUCAUGUUAAGGGAAUCGCUUUCGACCCUGCGAACAAGUACUUUGCUACCGCGAGCGACGACCGAACCAUCAAACUUUUUCGAUUUACCUCUCCCGCUCCCAAUGCCACUGCCUACGACUCGAUAAACAACUUCGUUCUGGAACAUACCAUUGUCGCUCCAUUUACUUCAUCGCCCCUCACUACCUACUUCCGAAGAUGUUCUUGGUCUCCUGAUGGAAAUCACAUAGCCGCAGCGAACGCUGUGAAUGGCCCUGUGAGCUCAGUUGCUAUUAUAAAUCGAGGAGGGUGGGAUAGUGAUAUCAACCUGAUAGGACACGAAGGACCAACGGAAGUGUGCACAUUCAACCCCAGAUUGUUCAGCAAGUUUGAAAUAAGCGCAGAGACCACGGAUAACAGCGGCUACAGCACACAAGCGCUGGUAACAGUCAUUGCAUGUGCAGGUCAGGAUAAAACUUUGAGUAUUUGGAAUACAAGUUCUUCGCGGCCCUUGAUCGUAUGCCAAGAUCUAGCUGGAAAGUCGAUUUCAGAUCUUGCCUGGACCCCGGAUGGCCUGACUAUCUUCUCAACGAGUUUAGAUGGAAGUAUUAUUGCAAUAGAAUUCGAGAGGGGCGAGCUCGGGUUCAUUGCCCCGUGGUCAGAGAACGACAAGGCCUUACAGAAGUUUGGCGUUGGUCGCAGAGGUGUUGGCGUUGUUGAGGACGUCGCGGGCCUUCGACUCGAGGAAAAGAGCAAGGCUGGGGAAUUGCGAGGAGCGGAAGGAAGAAUGGGCGCUCUCAUGGGUGACGCUGGUCCGAAUCCACCUCCAGUUCUCAACGGGAAUGGAACAUCAACUCCGAUGGCUGGCGUGACGUCCACAGGCCCAGCAGCACCCGCAACAAACGGAACGGCAACGAGUUCACCUACACCAGCGGUUGAUCCUAAUGCUGCAAAGUUGGAAGCAAUGAAGCAACGAGUAACGAUCACAAAGGAAGGAAAGAAGCGAGUUGCUCCUCUGCUUGUUUCAUCCUCUGGAACUGGUCUUUCAUCAUUGCCUCAAUCUCAGUUGGUGGCUGCUAGUUCUAGCAAUGUCCAAAACGACGCUCCACAAUCGAUUCUAGAUCUUUCGAAACCUUAUGACGGCCUUCCAAGAGGUGGUCUUGCUGCAAUGCUGCUUGGCAGUAAAAGAAAGGCAAUAGCCCUCGACGAAGACGAGGAAGAGCAGCAUCUUCCAAAACGACCACAAAUGUCAUCUGGACCGGUUCAAAUUAUGGUGAAUGGCGUCAACGGUGUGGAGCCUGCGAUACCCGUUCCAGCAGCUACUGGUGUAGUACCGACUCCAGACUUCAUCCGGCCAGCUGUCGUCAAUCCGGUGAUGUCUAUCAGCCAGGUUCGAUUAGCAGUGCCAAAGAUCAGAACCCACAUCCUCAGAUCUUUGGAUCGUGGAACCUUACCGCCUUCGAAUUCGACUACAAAUGGUACAAACGGGAUCGAAGAGUCUGCCAAAGCUGCUGAGGACGUUAUUUUCGAAGCACAAAACCCUGCAACGAUACCGAGCCAGGUCAGAGAUCCAUCUCGAAUUAGUGCUACGAAAAGAGGUGUCACUCUUUGGCAAGAUUACCUUCCUCGCGCAGUCAUUCUCGUGACUGGGAACAAGAACUUCUGGUCAGCUGCCUGUGAGGAUGGGAGUAUCUAUACUUGGACUCCGGCUGGAAGGAGGAUACUCAACGCUCUUGUUCUAGAAUCUCAGCCGGUCAUCAUCGAGUGCAGAGAAUGGUGGCUGCUUUGUAUCACCGCAGCGGGGAUGUGCUACGUCUGGAACCUCAAGACUCUCCACUCACCCCACCCACCAGUCUCUCUUGCUCCGGUUCUCGAGAUUGCCAUGCACUCUCUUGGAACCCAUACUACGAGUGCCCCUGGUGUCACCUCAGCACAUCUCAAUUCAACUGGCCACAUCAUUGUGACUUUAAGCAAUGGUGACGGUUAUCUGUAUUCGCCAAACAUGUUUGUCUGGCAACGCCUCUCAGAAGCUUGGUGGGCAGUUGGCAGUCAGUACUGGAACUCGAACGACUCUUCCAUUAGCAGUCUUCAGUCGACUGGUGUUGGGCCAGACUCGCGGAGAAACGGCCAGGUCAGUGCUUCCAAUGUUUCCGCUGGUAUUAUCCCCCACUUGGAACGACAUACCACAAACGAGGUCCUUCUCAAAGGAAGAGCAUAUACACUGCAACGUCUUGUCAAGACCUUGCUAUCGAAAGAAGGAUUCGAGAGCUUCGAGUCAGGAGUCAGCAUUGCUCAUCUCGAGAAUCGUGUUGCUGCAGCUUUGCAACUUGGCGCCAAGGAAGAGUUCAGGAUUUAUCUGUUUAUGUAUGCCAAACGUCUCGGUGCCGAAGGGCUGAAGAAUAAGGUUGAAGAGCUAUUGAGGACUAUUCUUGGAGGCAUUCUGCAAGAAAAGAACGAGGGAGCUGUCACCGAGAAGGGCGAGGGCUGGAUGAGUGAGGAUGAACAGAUAUGCGGCUGGGACAGAAAAGAACUCCUUAAGGAGGUUGUAUUAAUACUGGGUAAGUUCACAUCGAUACCUGGUGCAGACGUUACUAAUCAUUGCCAGGAAAAUUCCGAGAUCUGCAAAGGUUAACUGUUCAGUACGCAAGGGUUUUGGGAAUGGAUGAUGAGGAAAAUGGGGC